CCUCGGGGUGACCUUCUGACUGAUCCCCACAGCUACCACCUGGUCGGGAUCAGCUUCUUUAUCUUGGGACUGGGCACCCUCCUUCCCUGGAACUUCUUCAUCACAGCCAUCCCGUACUUCCAGGGGCGGCUGGCAGAGAGCAACUGCACAGCUGGGACCCUGAGCACCAACCACACAGGCCCUGCGGACACCUUCAACUUCAACAACUGGGUGACGCUGCUGUCCCAGCUGCCACUGCUGCUCUUCACCCUCCUCAACUCCUUCCUGUACCAGUGCAUCCCUGAGGUGGUGCGGAUCCUGGGCAGCCUGCUGGCCAUGCUGCUGCUCUUUGCCUUGACGGCAGCGUUGGUCAAAGUGAACAUGAGCCCCGGGCCCUUCUUCUCCAUCACCAUGGCCUCCGUCUGGUUCAUCAACUCCUUCUGUGCAGUCCUGCAGGGCAGCCUCUUUGGGCAAUUGGGCACUAUGCCCUCCACCUACAGCACCCUCUUCCUCAGCGGCCAGGGCCUGGCUGGGAUCUUCGCUGCCAUCGCCAUGCUCAUGUCCAUGGCCAGUGGUGUAGAUGCCCAGACUUCUGCCCUGGGGUAUUUCAUCACGCCCUGUGUGGGCAUCCUCAUGUCCAUCGUAUGUUACCUGAGCCUGCCCCACCUGAAAUUUGCCCGCUACUACCUGGCCAAGAAACCAUCACGGGCCCAAGCUCAGGAACUGGAGACCAAAGCCGAGCUUCUCCAGGCUGAUGAGAAGAACGGAAUUGCUAACAGCCCCCAGAAGGCAGUCUUGACUCUGGAUCUUGACCCUGAGAAGGAGCCGGAGCCAGAGGACCCCCAGAAACCAGAAAAACCUUCGGUCUUUGUUGUCUUCCGGAAGAUCUGGCUGACGGCGCUGUGCCUUGUGUUGGUCUUCACAGUCACCCUGUCCGUCUUCCCUGCCAUCACAGCCAUGGUGACCAGUUCCACCAGCCCCGGGAGGUGGAGUCGGUUCUUCAAUCCCAUUUGCUGCUUCCUUCUCUUCAACGUCAUGGAUUGGCUGGGACGAAGUCUAACCUCUUAUUUCCUGUGGCCAGACGAAGACAGCCGGCUGCUGCCCCUACUGGUCUGCCUGCGCUUCCUGUUUGUGCCACUCUUCAUGCUCUGCCACGUGCCCGAGAGGUCCCGGCUGCCCAUCCUGUUCCCGCAGGACGCCUACUUCAUCACUUUCAUGCUGCUCUUUGCUGUUUCUAAUGGCUACCUGGUGUCCCUCACCAUGUGCCUGGCGCCCAGGCAGGUGCUGCCUCAAGAGAGGGAGGUGGCUGGCGCCCUCAUGACCUUCUUCCUGGCCCUGGGACUCUCCUGCGGAGCCUCCCUCUCCUUCCUCUUCAAGGCGCUGCUCUGAAGUGGCCCAGCCAGGGCUCUCCCCGCAGUCUUCUCCGUGCCCCCUUCUGGAGUGGAGAUGCAGCCAAGGGAGCGGUCGCCGGGCUCAGGCCUCUGCUGGGCCAGGAGCCCUUGGUCUGGUAGGGCCUGGAGUGGGCAGGAGCUGCUCUCCACAUCUGAUCAGUGACUACGUGGGGUGCUGCAAGGAAGACUUCUCCACCGGUCGUUCUAACCCUUACCCAGGAGUGGAACUACAGAGGGACAGACAGUUCUCCAGGAAGCAUAAGACCUCAUUGAAAGGGCAGUGAUCAGGGAAGAGGGCGCAGGCCAUGGCCCUUCCCCACCAUCAGGACUGCAUUCGGUUAUUCAUAAGGAACUUGCUAAUUACCAGGGAACAGAGGCUACCAAUGGGGCAUUGCCAGGAGUGGGGCUGCCCAACCCCUGCCCCCGGUUCAGAGUGGGAGGUGGGGCCAGCCCAAGACAGGAGCCUUCCAUCCCCUCCAGGCCUCAGCAACCCCAUGGUCAUGUCUCUCCAACUCCAGGGCAAAGGGUGGAAAGGAGGGACAGGUGUUGAGGAAGUGGGGGUGCUCAAAGGACUGGCUAAGGGCCUUUACCAGUGUUUUCAUUGCCAACGCUUACUGUCCCACUUCCCAGAGUCCAGCAGGGCCUGGAUCCCGGAACUGUAAGUUGCCUUUGUGUGUGCAUUGCACUUUACAGUCUGCAAAGCUCUUGUACACCCACUCUCACUGAAGCAUCUUUGAGGCCUUGGAAGAAGCUAGGCAGGGAUUGUACUUCCCCCGUUGUAUAGGGGAAGACACUGAGUCCCAGGAGGAACGAUUAGCCCAAGCUAGGGCCAGGACCCAACCCCCAUCUCCCUCCUCCGAGUAGGUGCUGUUCUUCCUGCCCACCACCUGCUUCUCUUGUUCUCAAGGGAUUCAGCAGAAGCCCUAAGCACUUUCUCCACCUUCUUCCUCAGUUCCUCUUUCCAGCCCUGCUCCUGAGUCUAAUAACAACCCAUUCAUUUGUAUGAUGCAUU